AUGUUCGGCCCGGCAAACGGCAAUAAGUUGCCUUUGAUCCACCGCUCGAGCCCAUGCUCGCCCCUCAACGGCGCUGGGAGACGAAGGCAGCAGCAGCAGCCUUUGUCCACCGACGUCUUCGAUCGCGAUGUCCAGAGACUCAGGACGAUACUUGCGGCGGUACAGUCCGGCGAGGCUGAUGCCACCGCCGCAGCCGCCCCUGCCCCAGCACCGGCAUCAAGUGUUACGCUCCCCAUCGCCGGCACUGUCAACGGCGCAGUCCUGGGCAGCCUGGAUUACAGCGUCACCGUGGGGUACGGCACACCAGCCCAGCAGCUGCCGAUGGACUUCGACACCCUCCGGUUAGGCAGCGGCACCUCGACGCUCCGGUGCAAGCCAUGCCGUAGCGGUCAAGUGCCAUGCGACCCGGCAUUCAACCCCGGGCGGUCGUCCUCCUUCGCCCCUGUCUCGUGCGGCCCGGAAUGCCCGUCCGUGUGCCACGGAUCGGGUUGUUCCUUCGAUGUCACGUUCAUGAGUAACCAUUCCGUCGCGGCCAAUGGCACCUUCGUCAAAGACACGCUGACGGUGUCGCCAUCGGUGACCGUCGCGAGCUUCGUCCUGGCUUGCAUCGACGUGGACAACAUCCACUUCACUGGCUCCAGCGGGCUGCUCGACCUGAGCCGGAGCAGGUUCUCCUUGGUGUCCCGGCUGAUUACCUCUUCGUCCCCCACCAGCAAUGCUACGGCCGCCAUCUCCUACUGCCUGCCAGCGUCGGAGAAGAGCUCCCGCGGCUUCCUCUCCAUCGGCGGCGCCCUGCCCGAUUUCUCCGGUGGCAACGCGGGUUCCACACCGUUGGUCGACGACCCGCUUUACAAGGACAGCUACCUCAUCAAGCUCGUUCGCCUCAACGUCAGCGAUACGGAGCUUCCAGCCACGCAGUCGAACCUCGCAGCACUCGAGGUGGGGACAUCAUUCACCUUCUUCCCGCCGGCGAUCUACAGCGCUCUCCGUGACGAGUUCCGGAAGCAGAUGUCCAUGUACCGUCCGGCACCGGCUUACCGUAUGCUCGACACAUGCUACAACUUCACGGGGUUGCCGGGAUUCGAGGUCCCGGCCGUCAUCCUCGAGUUCGAGGGUGGAGCCAUUCUGCAGCCGGACGUGGAUCAGAUGUUGUACUUCGUGGAUGGCGAUAGCUCCUUCAAUUACGUCUGUCUCGCCUUCGCCGCAUUGCCGGGAGACUUUCCCUAUGCGGUGAUCGGGAACCGGGCGCAGCAGACAGUGGAGGUGGUGUACGACGUUCAGGGAGGGAAGGUUGGGUUCAUCCAAGAAAGCUGCUAG